UUGUCCAGCAAGUGAGCCAGCGAGGGAGGAAGGAAGGGGCCGCCGUUUGCACAAGCAGGUCCAGGAUGGUGAUAGCAUCUGCUUGAAGCUGCUUCUGGUACCUGCUGAACACACAAAGGAUGUCUGCCAGAAAUGCCAUGAGUUUAAGGUUUUCCUCUGUGACGAGAGAGGAUUAGAAUUUAUACGUGCAAAGAAACCCCAGUCUCUCUGCUGCAAUGACGUCUGAACACAAAGAAGUAGAUGUUGGGAGCACUGUUGUGAAUGGACUAGUACUGAGCACUAAUGGACAAGAGAGAGGCCUGGAACCUGCUAAAAUCUGUAGUGGAAAGGGGGCUGUGACCCUUUGGGCAUCUCCAGCUUAUGAGGAGAAUUUGAGUACCAGCCGUACAAGUUCUCCACAGGACAUCCAGCACUCUGAAAAUGACUGGAGGUUAUUUCCUAGUGUUGACUCUAACAAGGAUGCUCAGGCCUUUACUCUGGCUGCCAAAGGCUAUCACAGCGUGUGCCCCAACCUUUCUGAGAUCAAGCCACAUGAUCCCUGUCCUCUGCUAUAUGAAGCCCCCACGCCCAACAGUGGGACUGAGUGUUAUGGCUCCUUGACAAUGCUCAGCAAAUCUUCCUCUGCUUACCCUUCCACUACAAUCGUCAACCCCACCAUUGUGCUUUUGCAGCACAACAGAGAACAGCAAAAAAGGCUUAGUGGCCUCACAGAGCCAGUUGCAGACGCAGCAGUAGAUUGCAUGCCAAGCCAAGAAAAGAAGAACCAAAACAAGAGACAAGGAACGGAGGAACGGACGAGAGUUGUUAAGAGUCCACAGUACAUGGUUGAUUCCUCGCUGAAUGACAUAGGCAUUCCAUUAAGGAACACAGAUCGAACAAAGGACUGGUACAAGACAAUGUUCAAACAAAUCCACAGGCUGACAAAAGACCCACCUGAAGAAAACCCUUAUUGCCCUACCUACAAAUUCCCUGAACUUCCUGAUAUCCAGCCCCAAACCAAAGAAGAAAACCCUUAUUCUCCUACCUACCAGUUUCCUGUGUCUACUCCUAGCCCUAAAUCUGAAGAUGAAGAUUCCGAUUCUUAUCUUCCUCAGUAUUCCUUUUACAAAGACAUGAGAGCACAGCCUUCCGUGCCCCGUUCCAAGAGUGAGAAUGACACAAUCGACACAGAAAAGGUGGUCAAGAGGUCUGCCACGUUGCCUCUACCAACUCGUUCCUCUUCUCUUAAAUCAACCUCUAAGAGGAGUGACUGGGAACCUCCAGACAAAAAGGUGGACACAAGAAAAUACCAUGCUGAGCCAAAAAGCAUUUAUGAAUAUCAGCCAGGGAGGUCCUCAGUUCUGAACAAUGAACAAUUGACUCGGGAUAUAAGCCCAGAAGAGAUAGAUUUAAAGAAUGAGCCUUGGUAUAAAUUCUUUUCGGAAUUGGAGUUUGGGAAACCGCCUCCAAAAAAGAUAUGGGAUUAUACUCCUGGAGAUUGCUCUAUCCUUACUAGAGAGGAUAGAAAGAUUGAUCCUGAAAAAGACUAUUAUCUCUACCAGACUCAGUUAGAGGCAGAUAUAGAAAAAAUGGAGAAGCUUUAUAAAGAAAAAGAAAAACAACAACAAAUGAAGAGUCCAGCACACUCCUCUCCACUGGAAAUGUUCUCAGACCAUUUGCCUCACUCACCAUAUUCCCCCAGCUACCUUUCAGUAAAGACAGAGUUGGAGGCAGCUCUUGGGGAUUCCACUGGACCGGAAAAAGAAAGGCAAAUCUACAAAAGUGUUUUGGAAGGAGGUGAAAUCCCAUUGCAGGGGCUGAGUGGUCUUAAGCGUCCUUCCAUUUCAUCUUCCACUAAAGUGGAUCGUAAAGGUGGGAGUGCUCAUACAAUCGCACCCUCUUCAGUUAAUAACCGAACCCUUAACUUUACCAAUGCUGGUCCACUAGCUCACCUGUAUAAACAUAAGAAACCCUUAUCUGCUGCAAAAGUCUGCAUUGCUGAAAUUCUUCCAUCCAAAUUCAAACCCAAGCUGACUACUUCACUUAUUCCUGGGCAGGACAAAAUGGAUCUCUUGCCUCAUGAGAAAACACAAAGCUGUGAAAACCUCUGUAGUUCAUUUGCUUCCUUUGAUAGCAAGAACAAUUUCAUGGUAGAUGUAGGCAUAAGUUGUGAGAAUGUCCUAAUGAAGUCUAAGCAAGACUUUGCUGCCAAAUCCAGCAGCACUCAGAGCCUGCAAGAGUAUGGCAUUUCCAGCUUCAGGAAGGAUUACAUGCUUGGCUCUCGCAAGAAUGGGAUGGAGUUCACCAUGAUGUAUAAAAACAUGCAUCAUAUCAACCAUUCUCAAAUCCAGCUGGGCACUGUUUCAUCCUGCAGCGUGAAGGAAAUCGCGUCCCUGUUUGAGAAUGAACUAAAGAACUGGAAAGAGCCCAGCCCCAGCCAGGAGAACUUGGAAGAGAUCCCCAAGCACACGGUCUCUUCUCGCAUCUCUGCCUUUGAGCUGCUGAUCCAAAGAUCCUUGUCAGUGCCCGCUCUCAACUUUUCCAGUGCACACAUCAAAUCUCCAUCUCCUAGUCUUUCUAACAGCUGCCUAAGUUCAGUGUAUUCAGCUGAAUACCUGCUGGAUUCCCCCAAGCCCGAUCUGGAAGGAAAGAAUAUUGCCAACCAAGUGGAUACUUCAUCCCACUCUUGUAGCAAUACAGAGGAUGUGACAUCAGAGUUUAGCGAUGUGCCCCUAAUAAACACUCUCUCUGCUUGUACCAAUGAGAUAGAUCUCUUAUCGAAUGUAUCCAAUGAUAGCGAUGGUGACAGCAGCAUUAAUGGCUCCCAAAUACACAAAAUAAACAAGUGCAAAGGAUCAUGCCCAGCUUCCUACACAAGGUUCACAACAAUUCAAAGGCAUGAACUGCAGCCGUCUGCCAGAGGAGACACUCAAGGAGAUAAGGUCUUGCUCCCCAGAAAUGCCUAUCUUAUGAGCCCACUUCCCUUCAGGUUGAAAAAGCCCCUACAGUACAAUACCAGAAAGACUUCUCCUCUACAGUGCCGAGGGGACCUGCUGCCAUCCAGCUGUGAAAGCCAGAGUAAUCUUAUCCAAUCAAAGGAAAAGCUGGUGGGUAGGGAUAUCCCACUAUUCCAUGAGUUAUGUAUCAGACAGAAACCUCCAGCCCCCAAACGCCUCACUUCCUAUGACAUUUUCAAAAGGUUUAGCCACUUCCUGGAUCUGAAGGCUUGGCAAAAUACUUCCUUUUCCCUAACGGAUAUUCCAGAUGCUUUUAAUACUGGAAAGGUUCCUUAUGCUUUGUACCUCAACUUGGACACAAACAACAACCCACAAAGUGAACCCACGACAUACCUUAGAGUAGAUUCAGAAUCACCAAGGCAUUUUGCACCCCUUGAUUACAUGGAGAGUCCUGAAGAAAAUUUCCACAGGCACCACAGUGAUAAAGAGAAACUUUUAGAGGACCAGAGACGGCUUAAACGUGAGCAAGAAGAGGCUGAUAUUGCAGCUAGAAGGCACACAGGGGUCAUUCCUACGCACCAUCAAUUUAUCACUAAUGAGCGGUUUGGGGAUCUUCUAAUUGUAGACGAUACAGCAAAAAGGAAAUCUGGGUCAGAGAUGAAGGCUGCAAGAGUGAAGUUUGACUUUAAAGCCCAGACACUAAAGGAACUCCCACUGCAAAAAGGCGAUAUUGUUUACAUUUAUAAGCAGAUUGAUCAGAAUUGGUAUGAAGGAGAACACCAUGGCAGAGUGGGCAUCUUCCCACAAUCAUACAUAGAGCUACUUCCCCCCACAGAAAAAGCACAGCCUAAGAAAACCACACAGUUGCAAGUACUGGAAUAUGGAGAUGCAAUUGCCAAAUUCAAUUUCAGUGGGGACACUCAAGUGGAAAUGUCCUUCAGAAAGGGUGAGAGGAUCACACUGAUUCGGCAAGUGGAUGAGAACUGGUAUGAAGGAAAAAUCCUAGGCACCCAUUGCCAAGGCAUCUUCCCUGUGACAUAUGUGGAUGUACUUAAGCAGCCCGUGGUGAAGAACAGCCUGGACUAUGCCAGCUCACCACUCUCUCACUCGCUGAACCACAGCCUGACAACUUCCCCACAGUCUCACAGUUCUGAGUUGCUUUUCACACCAACUCCUCCACCAUUACCCUUCCUACAACCAGCCCUGUCUCCGGAGUUGCAAGCUCUCACUUCAGAAUGGAUUUCCCUGACUUUUGGAGCAUCUCAUAGCAAUGCUCCAGCCGUCACCCCUCCUUUGCCAGCUCUUCCUGUCCCUGACGCUUCUUUCUGUGACACUGAUUGCCUCACUCCAUCGAUGGCGACCAGCCCUUCACUUUCCAUUAGCCUUCCCCAUUCUAGCAUCUCCAGCUCCUUCACUCCCUCAGCAGUUUCCCCACUGCCUUCUUCCCCUUACGAGCCUCAGUCAUCUGCCCAAAAUGUGAAUCUGACAACUGUGCAAAGUGAAGAAAAGACUGUUGGCUUCCCUUCUUCCAACACAAGCGAUUAUAAUCCAUCUUCCUCUGUAGUUGACAGCCCCACUAGUUUCCUCUCAGAGCUCAGUGAUGUCACUAAACACCCACACAAAUUCCAGAAGAGCAGAGGAGUCAGUGGAAGCAAUGACAGGGAGGAUUGCAUUGCAGCCACCAAAGGCAGCAGUGGCAUUCCUGAGAACUGUAGAGUGGGGUGCCUGUCAGGGCUGGAGAAACAUGUUAGGCCACAAAAGAGAUCUCUUCCCACCUUUGAGGACAGCAAGCAGUAUCGGGAGCAGGGAGAUGGCCUCAAGAAAAGGGAAGUUCAACAGAGGGAGAAUCAAAGCAGGGUUAUUAAGCCUUCUCAUCAUUCAUUGAGGCCAGAUCCAGAUCUCACAGAAUCUGAAAAGAACUACGUGGCCCCUCUUGGAUACCAAUACCACCCUGUUUCCAUCACCCAGGAAACGGUUUGCAAUGAGAUCUUAAAUAUCGCUGAAAAGUCAGUCCAUUACUGCAGCACAAUUUCUCCGCCUCUGGCCUCUUGCCACAAGGGGCCCUUUGGUGACAAUAAAUCAUCUCUCAUCAUUUCUCAGCAACCACAAGUCCUGCUACUGGAAACUAGCCUUGACAGGAACCAUGCCCCACAAGACACACUUAGCUACCAAGCACUCUACAGCUAUAUCCCACAGAAUGAUGAUGAGCUGGAGUUAAGAGAUGGGGAUAUCAUAGAAGUCAUGGAGAAGUGUGAUGAUGGCUGGUUUGUUGGCACAUCCAGGAGAACACGACAGUUUGGCACUUUCCCGGGCAACUAUGUGAAACCUGUACCCCUUUAAAAGCCACUGCAAACCAUUUGAUCACAUCAGGAGAGAAGAGAGA